AUAAACAACUUCUAGAUUUGCUUCCGACCAAUGGAACCCAGUAACUCGCAAUAAAGUCUGAACCUUGCGCGUAUCGAGACCCCCGUUUAUCUUUCCCUUUCUUCUCCUUCCGAUCACCGUCCACGCAUCCAGAUAUCAUUGUACACGACCCUUGAGCAUCUCAUCAUGUCAUCAGCAGGCACUAAGAAGGCGGCAGCCACCAAGAAGACCUCGAGCUCUCAAACUGCCGAACACCCUCCUUUCGUUGAGAUGAUAUCCGAGGCCAUUGUUGAGAAUGCUGAUCGUACGGGGAUAUCUCGUGCUGCCUUGAAGAAAUAUUUGGAGACACGAUGGAAGAUCGAGUUUAAUGCUGCCAACAGCAGUCAGCUAAACCGUUCCAUCAAAAAUGGCGCUUCGAAGGGGACCUUUGUGUUGCCCAAAGGGCCUUCUGGAAAGGUCAAGCUGGCCCCCAAGAACGGCUCAUCGAAGGAGAACAACCCUAUUAUCAAGACAAAAUCUGCCCAGCCGAAGGCCUCGACUAAAUCUACUCCCGCGAAACCGACUACCACGAAGUUGGGCGCUUCUAAGUCGAAGGCGGUCAAGAAGCCUGCUACUGUUGCUGACAAGAAGACUUUGACUGCCAAGGCCAAGGUCAAGGCGACACCUAAAUCUGCUGGAAAGUCUUCAGCCAAGGCUCCGUCAAAAGACGUUGGUAAGGCUGCUAGGGAUAAGAAGGUAGUGCCACCCAAGACCAGGGUGGCUACUCCUGCAAGAGCUAAGGGGAAGUCUACUUCUGCAAAAAAGGCACCCGCGGCAGCCCCGAAGAAAUCGCAUACUAAGCCGGCCGCUUCCAAGAAGACGACAUCCUCCUCGAAGGUAACCCCUAAGAAGUCUGUCACUGGUUCCAGGUCGAGGACAAUUGGAAACAGCAGGAAGGAAGUUUCUAGAACGCUUACUAGGGCGAAGCCGAAACAAGCCGCUACCAAAUCGAGGGCAAUCAUUCCGUCACUGGGCAGUCCUUGAGCAUGUUACUGUGCUUCCUAAGUCCGCUAUGUGUUAUUCUUCUUUCGUUGUGUCAGGGGGCAUCUUCGUGCCGUUGCUUUGGAUUUGUCCCGUCCCCCUGGUUUUAUUUUUUUUGCAGGACUUCGAUUGCCUACUUGUCUUGAUGUACUAGUGUUGUACGUUUGUUAUUAACUUAAGCUUCGGGCCCCCCACUAUGGUACCAACCUAACUACGCGAAGCUCAAGUUAUUGCGGCGCUGCCAUCAAGGAUUGUGUUGG